AUGUUCGCCGUGUUCAGUCGAAGACGGGCCGAGUCUUGGGCAUCAGUACGUGAAGAGAUUGAUUCUGCGAUUCGAACCAUUGCGGGUCAGGUAGGGUCACCAGUGAAUAUCGGUGAGCUCGUGUUUGGGCUGACGAAGAACAUAACGUAUAGGUCCGCGUUUGGUUCAAUGUCAAAUGAAGGACAAGAUGAAUUCAUUAAGAUUUUGCAAGAAUUUUCAAAACUUUUUGGAGCAUUUAAUAUCGCUGAUUUUAUUCCCUCCUUGGGUUGGAUCCAAGGAGGAGAAUUCAAUAAGAGGCUAGCGAAUGCUCGAAAUUCGCUGGAUGGGUUCAUCGACAAGAUUAUCGAUGAACACAUGGAGAAGAAGAAGAACAAUAGCGAUGCAAAUGACACUGAAAUUGAUACUGAUAUGGUGGACGAAUUACUAGCGUUUUACAGCGAAGAUGACUUGAAAAAUGACUCGGAGGACUCACUUAAGGUCACCAGAGACAACAUCAAAGCUCUCAUAAUGGUAUGA